CCAUCGACAGUUUCAGUGCUGCCACAACAGCAUCACCAACAAGCACCACCACCACCGGUUUCAGCUCUAAAUGAGACAAAUUCCAAUGACUCAGUGACAUCGCACUUGGUGGUAAACAACGACACGAAUAGCAACAACAGUAACAACAGCAACAGCACAAGCAACAGCAUUGUUAAUAACCAACCUACAUCGAUUCACGAUAGUAACUCGCAAAACUCUAUUAUUAGCAACAACCAGAAUUGUAGCACACCUCCAGAAGCAAUCGGUAGUGACAUUGCUCCCCCACCUGCAGCAACCACCCCAAGCAACAUUCAAAUGUUUGACUCGAAUUCAAUGCCACCAACGGCGACGACACCAAUGGAUUACGAGCCACAACAAGCAAUGUCAAUAGAGCCGAAGCCGCAGCUCCUGCCAGAGCCAGAGCCAAUCGUAAUGAAUCAAGAUUCAAUGCCAGAGACUGUUAGAGAGGAGGAAGAACAACAACAGCAGAUUGGAUCUGAAAACUCAAUGGAUGCAAGUGAGCAUGGAAAUGAUCUUCAGGAACUCGUUUCCGCCCCCGAAAUGGGAAGUUCAUCAUCACCACCACCGCAACAACUUACUCCACAACUAGCUCCACAGUUAACUCCACUGCUAACUCCACAACUAACUCCACAACUGGAUCCUCAACUCGUUCCACAAGUAACUCCACAACUCGCUCCACAAAUAGCUCCUCAACCCCCUCCAGAGGUAAUGCCUCUGCAACAGCAGGAAGUUGCACCUGAAGAACCAAUGCCUGUAGAACCGAUUAUGGAACAAGUCUCAGCACCAACUCCAAUACCAACAGUAACACCAACUCCACCACAAACGGUUGCACUUCCAAUAAUAGAGCAACAAAUGCCACAACCAAUACAACAACCAACAGCACCCAUGGUUGAAAAUGAAAUCCAACCCACUGUUUUACCACUUGCUCCAGAACAACAAUUGCCGCUUCAACCACUUCAACAGCCCAUGAUUCCGGCAUUACAACCCUUACCACCGCAUAUGCUUGGCCCAGCCGGUGCCCCAGGGAUGACCCCUAUGCCACCUCAAUAUGAUCCACAACAAAUGUCGGCUCUACACCCCACUGGUUUCCCUCCAGGUCCUUAUCCGUACAUGCCUGGCCCCAUUCUCCAUCAUCAAGAACGGGCCGCGCUUCAACAACAACUUCAGGAGCUCUACUGUACGCCACCCAACCCAGAAACCCAAGAAAAGAUCAUUCGUCUUCAAGAGCGUCAUAAUAUGUUACAAGCUCACGAAACGACGGAUCAGUGCAAUGGUGGCCCGCAGUGCAUAUUCCAGAACUCAAUCUAUACAAAUACUCAAAUGGUUGAGAGUCCUCAGGUGUCUAGCACUACAGGGAGAGGUCGAAAUAAAGGUGCUUCCAAACCAAGGAAGCCCCGUGCCAAAAAGGGCGACAAAGGUCAGGCGUUGGCUGCUGGAGAAAUGCCUCCAGAUACUAGCGUCAUACCAACUAACCUACCAGUAUCCGAAGACUGCGUCACUCAAGGCGCUGGUGAUACAUCUGUAGUUUCGAUGAUGGAUUUCAACGAGAGUUGCGAUAUAUCACAGGAUCAUUCAUCCAACGAACUUGACACCUCGACUGAUGUGGCGGGUGGAAAGAAAAAGAAACCGCGCAAGCCACGCAUUCCAAAAGAUCCGAAUAAGUCUCCAAAAGAAAAAACUGCUACUCCCAAAGAGAAAAAGAAGAAGGAACCCAAAGAAGGCAAGGGAAAGAAAGGCAAAAAAGGCAAAGAAGGUGAAGAUCCCCAGUUGGAGAACACGAAUAGUAAAAAGACUGAAAGCGGUGACGAAGCUGCAAAAUCUCAAGAUCAAGAUGACGAGGACAGUGCAGUUCCAGAACCACCGACGACGACGUCAGAUGAGCCCGCACCUAUGGAUGGCGAGACACCUGAUUAUGAUGAUAUUCCAGUUAGCAAAAUACCCAAAUCAACGUGUGGUGAGGAAGCGAUCGCUGACGAAGAGACCAAGAAUGGUGAUGAAGAUUCAGUUGUGGAUUCAGCCACUCCAAGCUCAAAGAAAAAGAAGAAAUCUUCUGGUGGUAGCAGCAGGAGAAAAUCAUCAGUAGGAAGUAGUAAUAGAUCUCUAUCAAGCAAGAAGCGAAAGAAUCGUGGAAGGAUUGUGCCAGAAUCUGAUGGCGAAAAUGAUGAUAUGGCAACGACUCCACCACCGUCACCACCACCCGAUGCAGAGCUUGAUAGUUUGAAGAGGCGUUCGGCUAGAAAUACAUCGCGCAAGAAGUACAUUGACGAUGUGAUGUUGCGUUUUUCAGACGAUGAAGGAAGCGCAAUAAUAAGCUCCUCUCCAGCAAAGGAAAAGAAGAAAGGUGGAGGUUCUACUGCCUCAACGCCUGCUUCGGCUUCUGCGUCAGCUGCAGCUUCAUCAGGUGUUAAUAGUGAUGCUGAGAAGGCAGAAAGUAACGCUGGAACCGAGACGUUAGCAGAUAAUUCAGGUGUGAAUUCAGAAGUUGCAGAAGAGCACUCAGCUCCAGCUGCGAAGGAAGAGAAAGUCCCAGAAACUUCCAAGCCUAACUAUGUUUAUGUGAACACUGGUGAUGAAGAUAGCAUGGUUGUUCAAUAUGUGCUGGCAGUUCGAAUGGGAAAGAGGGAGUUGCGCCCUCCAGAGCCACCACAACCUGUGAAAACUGCAGACGAAGAAGAGCCUAAAGUUGAAGCAAAGCAAGAAGGAAAGGAAGAAGAAAAGGAAGAAGGAAAGAAAGAAGGGAAAGAAGAUGGAGAAGAAGAAGUAAAAGAGGAAAUUACAGAAGAGAAAACUGUCAUUGAAAAAGACGAGAAGAUGGAAGAAGUUUCCAUAAAUGAUAAGGAGGAAGCUAAGGUUGAAAUGGAAACAGAAGAAACUGAGGUUAAACCUGAAACAGAAAAAGAAAGUGAAGAAGAAAUACCCAAGAAGACUGAAGACGAAGAAGACAAAGCUGAAGCUGAAGCAGAAGUCGAAAUUCCAGAGAAACAUGAAGAAGUGAAAGAAGAUAAAGAAGAAAAGCCAGCAGACGAGGAGCAGAAAAAUGUUCCUGAAGUUGAAAAAAUGGAAGUCGAUGAGAAAGAAGAAGAAAACGAAACUCCAUCUGAAGAGAAACCUGUUAAGGAUGAGAAAGAAACACCAGAAGAAGAAAAACCCAUAGUCGAAUCUGAAGAAAAGGAAGAGAAGUCAGUUGAGACCAAUGAAGCCGAAGUCGAAGCAGAAGUGAAGAAAGAUGAAGAAGAGAAAAAGGAAGGCGAUAUACCGACUGAAACUAUCGAGGGGGAAGAAGGCAAAAAACCGGAAGAUGAAACCGACAUAUCGAAACCCGAGCCGGUGUUCAUUGAAGUUGAGGAGUACUUUGUGAAGUACCGCAAUUUCUCGUACCUCCACUGUGAAUGGAGAACCGAAGAGGAACUCUUCAAAGGAGAUCGAAGAAUCUCCGCUAAAAUCCGUCGUUUUCAGCAGAAACAAGCCCAACAAAUGAAUAUCUUCGAAAAUAUCGAAGAAGAACCCUUCAAUCCAGACUUUGUCGAAGUUGAUCGGGUGUUGGACAUGUCCGAGCACACUGACACAGCCACAGGUGAGGUGACCAAGCACUAUCUGGUCAAAUGGAAGUCGCUGCCCUAUGAAGACUGCACAUGGGAGUUGGAAGAAGAUGUGGAUGAAGAAAAAAUUGAUCAAUUUUUAGUGUUUACCAAAAUUCCACCACGUUCGGAAUGGAAACAAAAGAAACGCCCAACACCGGAUCUGUGGAAAAAACUAGAGAAGACGCCGGUGUACAAGAAUGGAAACACCCUACGUCCAUAUCAGUUGGAAGGUUUGAAUUGGUUGAAAUUCUCUUGGUACAACUCUCACAAUUGUAUUCUGGCCGAUGAGAUGGGUCUGGGCAAGACCAUUCAAAGUUUGACUUUUGUUCAUUCGGUGUGGGAGUACGGCAUAAGAGGCCCAUUCCUUGUAAUUGCUCCCCUGUCGACCAUUCCCAAUUGGCAGCGUGAAUUCGAGGGUUGGACGGAUAUGAAUGUUGUCGUCUAUCAUGGAUCUGUCACCAGCAAACAAAUGAUACAGGAUUAUGAGUUCUUCUUCAAACAGGACUCAGGAAAAGUCAACAAGGAAUUGGUUAAGUUUAAUGUCCUCAUUACAACGUUCGAAAUGAUCGUCACGGAUUAUAUGGAUCUUAAGAAUUUCAAUUGGAGGUUAUGUGUCAUUGAUGAGGCACAUCGUCUGAAGAAUCGAAAUUGCAAACUCCUCGAAGGAUUGCGGCAACUUAGUUUGGAACACAGAGUUCUGCUUUCGGGAACACCACUGCAAAACAACAUCAGUGAGUUGUUCUCGCUGUUGAACUUCUUAGAACCGGCUCAGUUCGCAUCUGCAGAGACCUUUAUGACUGAUUUCGGCAGUUUAAGGACCGAAGAAGAAGUCCAAAAACUUCAAGCCCUCCUAAAACCAAUGAUGUUGCGUCGUUUGAAAGACGACGUAGAAAAGUCGUUGGCUCCAAAAGAAGAAACAAUUAUUGAAGUGGAAUUGACAAACAUUCAGAAAAAGUACUAUCGUGGUAUUCUGGAACAGAAUUUCUCCUUCUUGAAGAAAGGUACCACAUCGGCGAAUAUUCCGAACCUCAUGAAUACUAUGAUGGAGUUGAGAAAGUGCUGCAUUCAUCCGUAUCUCUUGAAUGGUGCUGAGGAGCAAAUUCAAUACGAUUACCGUCUUCAACAUGGAGAAGAUUAUGAAGCCUAUUAUAAAAAUCUUAUCAAUUCUGCCGGUAAAAUGGUGUUAAUUGACAAACUUCUUCCCAAGCUAAAAGCCAAUGGACACAGAGUUCUGAUCUUCAGUCAAAUGGUUCGUUGCUUGGACAUUUUGGAAGAUUACCUGCUUUACAAGAAAUAUUCAUUUGAGCGUAUCGAUGGUAGAAUUCGAGGAAAUCUUCGUCAAGCUGCCAUCGAUAGGUACUCGAAACCAGACUCUGAUCGUUUUGUGUUCCUGUUGUG